UGGCCCCAUCUACAACACUCCCCCGUGUCUCCCAUCACCUCUGGCCCCAUCUAUAACACUCCCCCGUGUCUCCCAUCACCUCUGGCCCCAUCUACAACACUCCCCCGUGUCUCCCAUCACCUCUGGCCCCAUCUACAACACUCCCACGUGUCUUCCAUCACCUCUGGCCCCAUCUACAACAGGUCGGGGAGGUGGUGCUGGUCCACGGCAGCUCUGGCAUGUACAGUGAGGUGAAGGUGAAGGUGCCAUUAACUCGUCGCUCGGGUUACGCCAUCCUCACCAUCUACAUCCCCACCCUCGUCCUCCUCGUCGUCAGCUACGUCACCCUCUUCUUCAGACCCGUCAUCUUCGACACCAGGAUGAUGUCUGCUCUCACCGUCCAGCUCGUCAUAGCCACCUUGUUCUCCCAGGUGUCAGCCUCGUUACCCAAGACUUCCUACUUCAAGAUGGUGGAUGUCUGGCUCCUCUUCUGUAUUGGUAUUACGUUCCUCACCAUCAUAUUCCACGUCAUGGUGGACAGCAAAGUAAACCGGUCUGGAGGAAAAUCUGUGCGACCAACUGAAAGUUCCGUUACCACCAGCAUCUUAGUGGGACAGAAAGGACUACCUCGGAAACCUGUUCCACUUGUUCGAAGUAAAUGGAUGAACUUUGAGACAGACGAACAGAAGAUGGUUAUGCUAACGCGGAUAACAAUUCCUGCAGUUUUUCUCAUCUUCAACUUCUGCUACUGGAUAUAUAUAGUGAUUUAUUGAUCAUUGA